CUAACUCAACGACGCCAUGGACCCAGCCUCACAUACGAACUCAAAAAGACCGCCUAAACUGAGAUCGGCCUGCAAUGAAUGCCACGCGGCCAAGGUUCGCUGCUCUGGCGAGAAGACAGGCUGUCAGCGCUGCUCAAACCUCCGACUUAAAUGUGCCUUUUCCAUCUCGCGAAUCGGUAAAGUCCCCGGAAAACGGAGCAAAGCAAACCGCGUUACUGCUACGUCUGCGCCCAUCUCAAGCUCGUCCUCCUCGAUGACGACCCCGAUGAUGUCCCCUACGCUUCUCACGACAACUCGGGUGUAUGAGAGUGCUGGGACUUACGGACGACAUAAUAUACCCGUCUCUGCGACUUGUUAUCCGUUUCCACAGGAGUAUUCGACCGGUCUUCCGCUCGCGACUGAAGCGACCUACCAUUCACCACCCGGCUAUCCUGCACCCCCAAGCCAAGAAGACCAACCCAACCUAAACGGUCUAUGCUGGACAGCAGAACUCGACCAGCUGGGCGAUCCAGGCCUGCUGAGUCCUGACUGGGAGAUCAACGCGCACGACGAACCCAUACCUCCCUCCGCCACCAUAUCUACAUCUCUACCAGAGGAAAAGAGUAACAUCACAAAGGCAUACCCAUCCCCAAUAAACACAAUACCUCCCUCCGCACAUUACACUGUCUAUCUCAGCCUCCUGCACAGCAUCGAUCACACCAUCCAGUUCUCGCAGUGCAAGUCCCCCAGCGCGAUGUCGGAAACCGUAUCCAUGUCCAUGUCCAUGUCAAUGCCCAUGUCUAUAUCCACAACACCAACGCUGGAUUCCAUCCUCGUCGCCAGCCAGAGAUACCUCUCGACUCUUCUCCAGAUUGCUGAUAGCCCUGGCUUCACGCAUACCUACAACGAGGAACACCUGCUCUUCUCGGUGGCGCUGGAUAAGAUUAUACUCCUGUUUGGGCUUGGGUAUGCGGACUUUAGACAUAGGAUGGAGAUAUACGAUACCAUGGGCAUGGGGAUGGGCUGGUCCCGGUAUGGCGCGUUUGAGAUGGAUGCCGUGGAGCAGAUGGCGCUGUGCCGGAGGGUUUUCGUCGAAGAGGUUAAGCGGGCGAGAAUCUGCCUGGGGAGGUUGGUGGAGGCGAUGGGGUAUAUUUCAAUUCCGGGAUCUGGAUCUGGAUCUGUGUCUGUGUCUUCGUCGCCUGGAAGACAUGAGGGACUGUGUGAGGAGAUGAGGAGGAGACUUGAGGGUUUGCUGGACGAUCUUGAACGAGAUCGAAGUAUUCAGGGCAUGCAUUUGGUGGGAUAG